AUGGCUAUAUUGACAGCGGUUCUCACUCUCUUCGCUCUCCCAGUAGCGUUCUUACUUUGGACAGCGCAAUCCAUUGCGCAAAAUCGGGCGAAAGCCAAAUCAAUCGGCCUACCAUAUGUAACCCGCUGGAUAUCACCAAUUAACCCAUUUUGGCUACUUUACGGAAGCUCUAUAAUUCGAUUCUGUACUCGUCUCGGGAUAGCAACAGAGGACUUUCAACGCAUAUAUUCUUUUGGCUGGGAGGCCAACGAACGGGCAAAUAUUCACGUUGACAAAGGUGAAGUCUUCAUAAUGGUCCAUCCUGGUGGUUUGGAACUUUGCGUGUCAAAUGCGGAGGCAAUAUACGACAUCUUGCAGCGGCGUACUGAGUUCCGACGUAAUAUGGAAGAGAUCGCUGUUCUAAAUGUUUACGGCAAGAACCUGGCGACCACAGAUGACCAAGAGUGGCAACAACAUCGGAAAAUGACUGGAGUCACCUUUACCGAGAAAAACAAUGAGCUGGUCUGGGAGCAGUCGUUGGAUCAGGCACUUGGGAUGUUACAAUACUGGACCCAACGCGCUGAAUUGCCUAUCAGGACCACCCAUCAACAUACUAAAGUUUUUACGUUAAAUUUUAUUGCUUCAGCGCUAUUUAACAAAGUCUAUGGCUUUGAAGGUCACUCUGAGAUGAAAGGAAAAGACCAUACCGCAGACACUUCACAUCAGUAUCGGGAUUCACUAGCGACAAUACUGGAAUCUAUCAUUCAGAUUUGGAUACUUGGCGAGGAACGCUUGAAAUCAUGGUGGACCCCUGUAUCUUGCAAACAGGGUGCAAUCGCUAUGUCCAAUUUUCGGUCUUAUAUUGAUGGUCUGAUGGACGAAGAGAGGGCAUUUAUCAGGGAGGGGAAAAGCAACAAUCAACAUUUGGUAGCUCGGUUGGUUCAAGCGUGCGAAGAGGAUCAAGCUCUGAAAAAUGCUGUGUCCAAGUCCAACAAGAAGAUUACACUUACGCAAGAGGAAAUUCUGAGCAACUUGUUUGUGUACGCAUUUGCCGGAAAUGAAACGACCUCCAUUGCCCUUAUGAAUCUGUUGACCCACCUUGCCGCAAAUCCACAAACUCAGGAAUGGAUUUCGAAAGAGAUAAACCAUUAUCUUCCCACAGACACCCCACAUACUUGGAGCUACGAAGCCUAUCCCAAAUUGAAACGGUGUGAUGCCGUGGUUGUCAGUUAUUUUACACUUCCCAUCUUUUGAAGAUACUAAUCUAUUACAGAUGGAAUCCCUUCGAAUGAAUAUGUCAUCCUAUAUCUCAACUUGUGAAGACAACAGGCUCAAAUCCAGCGCCUCUUAAAGUGAAUGGUACGGUAUUCACGAUCCCAGCAGAUACUCCAGUUCACUGCUCUCUCCCAGCUCUCCAUACCCUCCCCAAAUACUGGGGUCCCAACCCUCUAAAAUGGAAUCCAAAUCGUUUCAUCAGUCUCAAAAGCUCCGAGAGCACCCCGCUAGGCCAAGGGUUUGCGAAUGAGACACUUGCAGCCGAUACCUCUGAAUAUUUUAUGCCUUUUGCUUGGGGCCAACGGGUGUAUCCUGGAAAAAGAUUUGCUCAGGUGGAGUUGGUUGCUGCACUGGCUGUGUUAUUUAAGGAUUGGAGAAUAAGGCCUGAUUUGGGGACCGGAGAGACUGAUGAGCAAGCGAGAAAGAGGAUUUGGGAGACCAGUUUGAUUACUGAUCACGAGGGGCAUAUGUUGCAUGAGAUGCUUGAGCCCGAAAAGGUUGGCCUGAGAUGA